UUCAAUCUUACCAUAGAAUCAUUCAUUUCUCUCUCACUUUCUCCUCAACCCCAUUUUCUCUCAAUAAAUAUAUAAAAAGAAAAACUAAAUCUUCCUAUAAGCUGGUAAGAUAUAUAAGUCCCUACACCUCCUUCCAAUUGAAGAAAUUCAUCUUAAAAAAAAAAAAAAAAUAGAUGAAAGAAUUUUAUUUUGAUAUAUUAAGAUCUUUUUCAUGUAUUCCUAGCUAGCUUCUCUCCCACCUCAAAACUUCAUAUCCAAUCUGACCAACCAUCUUUCUUCUUCCUUUUUGUUAUUACUUCUUCAAACAUGGCAGACAGGUUAUCAUUGAAGUUAUUUAGAUUGGAAUUGUAAAAAAUCUUAGUAAGGUGGUCAUGACCGGCAAUGCCAUGGCAUUCUUUCCAACCAACUUCAUGCUUCAAACCCCUCAUGAAGAUGACCAUCAACCUCCAACUUCUCUCAAUCCAAUUCUUCCUCCAUGCACACCUCAAGACUUUCAUGGUGUUGCAUCUUUUCUAGGGAAGAAAUCGAUGUCAUUUUCAGGGAUUGAAUUGGGGGAGGAGGCAAAUGGAGAAGACGAUCUGUCCGAUGAUGGAUCACAAGCUGGGGAGAAGAAGAGAAGAUUAAACAUGGAACAGGUUAAGACACUGGAGAAGAACUUUGAGUUGGGUAAUAAGCUUGAGCCUGAGAGAAAAAUGCAAUUGGCUAGGGCUUUGGGUCUGCAACCAAGACAGAUUGCUAUUUGGUUUCAGAACAGAAGAGCAAGGUGGAAGACAAAGCAGUUGGAGAAAGAUUAUGAACUUCUUAAAAGACAGUUUGAAGCAAUUAAAGCAGAUAAUGAUGCUUUACAAACUCAGAACCAAAAACUUCAAGCAGAGAUAUUGGCAUUGAAAAAUAGAGAACCAACUGAAUCUAUCAAUCUCAAUAAAGAAACAGAAGGGUCUUGCAGUAAUAGAAGUGAGAACAGCUCUGAAAUAAAGUUGGAUAUUUCAAGAACACCAGCAAUUGACAGCCAUCCAAUCACAAGAAGAACUCUUUUUCCUUCAUCCAUAAGGCCAACAGGUGUGGCACAGCUUUUUCAAAAUUCAUCAUCAAGAGGACCUGAUCAUCUACAAUGCCAGAAGAACAACAAUAAUAAUAAUAUUGAUCAUAUGGUGAAAGAGGAAAGCUUGAGCAACAUGUUUUGUGGGAUUGAUGAUCAAUCUGGGUUUUGGCCGUGGUUGGAACAGCAACAUUUCAAUUGAAAAAUUUGGAGGUACUCUUAAAAAAAAAUUAAAAAAGAAAAAAAGAAAAAAAAGAAAAAGGGUGUUCAAUCGAAAAAUUGGGAAUAUCAUACCAAAUGGAUCUGUGAAAUUCCAAGCGAAGGGAAGGGCAACUAACUACCAUAUAUUAUGAGUUAUUAAUUUUAAGAUAUCCAUGUUUUUGUUUUUUGGUACGUGGGAGUGUUGUAUAAAUUUUUAAAGCAGAUAUAUCAAGUUGAAGUUAAUUUCUACU